CAUUCUCUCCUCUUUAACGUCCCAAGUUGGCUCCGUGUCAGAAGGUAGUAGUGAUCGGAACGGUCUCGGCAAUGGGUGCGCUUCCCCGUAGCUGCGGGACUCCCAUCGGUCGGGCGGUGCAGGCCUCCAACGACAUUCAGUCAUUAUCGCCAGCCGUCCUCGACCUCAGACUUGCACAUCACAUGCAACCUUAGCCUGCAUAUCACCAGUGCCUCCGUAGUAGGUACUUACUUACGCUCGUUUCGCGUAAUCGCACACCAUCGCGGCUGUAUUCGUUUACACGCGCGCGUUUUUUCUUUUUUUUUUCACUCCGAAACUCGCGGGGGACCAACCGUGUCACUUGGGUGUGUGUGUGUGUGCGUGCGUAUUUAUAUUUGCGCAAUACUCGAGUGUAAAUAUAUAAUAUGACAAUGCCCCGCCGUGUCCUUUAUUGCUGCUCGUGCGGCAGAUGUUGGGCGCAUUAGUGGUUGCCUGCUGAAAACCGGAGGGCCGGCUCGCUCGGAUGGACAAGUGGAGGAGCAGUAACGGGAGGGGCUCGGGCAACAAGCCGUCCGAUCCCAUCCGCGCGGGGGACACUCUCCUACCCCCGACUCGCCGAGCAUUGGCAACGUGUACCGGCCCAUCGCCUGCCCCGCUGGACAAGCGGAGACACAAAAAGUGGUCCUUCGAUGGUAUACUGCGGCGAUUCGCCUCGUACCUCGACGCCCAAUCUUCCUCCUCGACCUCGUCCCUAGAGGACCCGACCAACAGGCCCAGGAGACAACCAAAAGGCAAAUCGGCCAAGGGAAAUCGGCGGACGGCGGCCGGUUAUGCAGGCCGAGUUAACGACAACGGCAUCGAUUGCACUCCGGCGUGCGUCUACGGUCGAGCGGAGGAUCUGGUUAACGCCAACGCCGUGCCAUUGACGAUGACGUCGGCGACGAGCCAUCACCAGCACCUGGACGUGGUCAGACAGCAUCACUCGCGGAGUUGCAGCGACGGCUCGUUGGAGGGCGCGAGGAGUAGGCAGCCGAGGAGGGCCGGCAACGUCAAGGCCAGGGCCGAGGCGAAGCGGGACCGGCUCCGCGUGAUCGGCACCGGCAGUAGCAGCACCGAGGGCUUGAGCAGCAACGAGGAGUCGUACGGUAUCCAUCAGCAACAGAGGUUGAGUAGGAACGGCGAACCGGUGAACGGGAAGAGAAGGUCCAGGGCCUCGAGGACCGAGAGGUACCUCAAGCGCAUCUGCAACGGGACCAACGCGGCCAAUGGCACCGGGAACAAGCUCGAGGUGGUCGGCGCGAGGAGCACCGAGUUCCAGCCGAUCGAGCGAGCCCCUCGCACCGGGUACGCCAAGGACUACCUCAGGGGUAUACACGCGAACGGCAACGACAACAACAACAGGGAGGUGAUGAACGAAAACUACUGUUACGCGCGUGCGUCCGACAUCGGCGUGAAUCCUCUAGUCCAGCAGACCCUGCAGUACUUUUCCGAGUUCGACCGCCACAUGGAGGCCCAGCAGAGGACCUACCCUGGUCCCCGAAACCACUGCGCUUACCAGGAGCGUCGCAAUCACACGAGACCCCAAGCCGUGGGUAUUGGAGAUCGCGCGACAGUGCACGCGGGGGUGCAAACUGACGUGCCCCAAGUGCCACCGAAGCCACCCUCGAGGGACCACAGGUCCAAGAUCUUCGAGAAGCCCGAGUCGAUAGACAGGUACAUCAAGUGCCACCAGCGGGUGUUGGGGACCGCGCCCAAGGACUACGAUCGGUGCAGCCCGAGGCCGGUGGCCCAGAGCCCCAACUCGGAAGUUAGGACCAUCAUCGAGAGUAGCCACUCGCCCAGGGAUCCCCUUCGGGAAUCGAGCAUCGGAAGCGCGAGUCGGGAUUGCCCAGGCGAGGAGGGGAGAAACGAUGGCGAGAGCAGUUAUUACGAGCCGGAGAAGCAGCGCAGCCCGAAGAACCUCGAGGAGGCCCUGAACGAGCUCGAGGCGAUUUACAACAGCUUGCAGCUCGGGGACGAGGAGCUGCUCGAGCGCGCGGAGAAACGGAGCAUGGAGGAGUUCCACUACCGGGGCAUCACGGCUGCCAGUCCCGAAGAUCUCGCGCGGGACUUGGCCUCGAGGCGUCGGACCUGGGCAGAAUCGGUCAUGGGCGAGCCGGACCGAUUGAAGGACGACAUGGCCUACAGGAGGAUGCACCCGAAGGAGCGGCCCUCGUCCGUGGACGGCCAAUCGUCCCUGUCGAGCAUCAGUUACCUAAUGACGUCGCCAAUACCCUCCCACCGGGACGAAUACUACCCGAUCGAUCCUGCCAGGAGACCCCCCAACCGCAGAAAGGAGCCGGACGUCACCCUCGACGACGUGGUCUUUCGCAGCAUGCAAUACGCCAACAGCACCCUCAAGGUCGCCGAACCGCAGCCGCCGUUCGGCAUACCCUUGGGCCCGAUAACGACUGCCGCCGAGUCCGAUUACCUGCACACGAAGCCGUCUUCACCGCGCUCCCGCUCCCCGUACGUACCGAGCUGCGAGCCUGACCUCGUCACCGACGACCUCGCCUUCCGCAGCCUCCGCAAGGACGCCCUGCAAUCGUCGCAACAGCCCAGCCGCCAGUCCAGCCCGUCCCUCGGCUUCCCCCCGAGUCCGCCCUCCUGGCAGCCCAAGCGCACCACCAGGUCGCUCUCGGCCAACAUCUACGGCAUCAUCAACCCGCCCGGCGAGCCCAGGCGAACCAGCGACCCCGAGCUCCUGCCCACCGCUGCCAACCCUUGGCGACGUCGGGACGGUAAAAACGAGCCAACGGACGACCACGCGACCAGGAGAACUACCAACAAUCCCAACCAAGAGCCACAUCGCGGCAAGGACGAUUCUUCGGAGGUCAGCGCCAAGUCGUACGACGAGUCCUCGGACGAGAGGAUCCAGCCACAGAGCUCGCUCCGCCCACUCCCCGCCGACCCAGUGUACAAGGUGGGGAGCGAUCGAGGCAGUAGCUACCUCUCGUCGAGCUGCAGCUCCCUGCCGGGGACGAGCCGCAACGAGCUGGCCCAGCCCGUCGCCGAGCAAGGGAUGUCCGUGUACGAGAAGCUCUGCCAGGACCUCGAGAACCUCGUCCAGCUGACCAAGGGCAUCGACGGGGAGUCCACGACCGCGGACGAUCAGGGCGACAAGGUGGCUGGGAGCGGUUGUCCCGAGGAAGGGGCCACUCCGAACAAGUCCGAGGAGCUGAUCGGAGAUGGGGUUGAGGGGGAAACAAAGGGCAGCAGCAGCGUUGGCGAGUCGGGGAAAGUCGUCGAGAGCGAGAUCGCGGCUCUGCUGGAGGUUUUGAAAGGGGUGGCGGGUGACGGUGACAGUUCCUGUUCGAGGAGGCGAGAUGACGUGGCCAAGGAUGAGCUUGAGGUGGCGAACAAAGGGACGGAGGACAACACUCAGUUUUUGGCGAGCAUCGAGCCGACGGCUGGAACGCUGGAACGGAGACGGACCAGCUUGAACGAGGGCGCCGGUGGUAGUGGGGUCGUUUGUAGUAGCCAUCAGCAACCCCAUCGGCAUCAUUGGGAAGGUAUGAACAAAUGCAAUCACAAGUACCACAGCAUGCCGGCAAAGACCUCGUCACUACUUCCAUUCCGGCUUUACGGCUCGAAACGAAAGUCCAGUAACCGAAAAUCGCUGUGCACCGUCUCAUAAAUUUUUCAAAACACUUGAUGAUCUCGAGCUUCUUUUUUCAAAGUAACAAGCGUUGUUAUACUUGAAAAAGAAAGUUAUAGAAAAUUGUACGGUUUUUAGCCUUGUAAAUCAUUCUUUUUUUUUUUUUUUUUUUUUCAACACACAAAUAUAAGUAAAGUAUCGAUAAGUAAUUGUUAAUUAAUUUUACAAAUUUUUGUUGGUAUAAGCGAAAUGUUAACCAUCGAUUAGGGAAAAGGAGGAGAAA